ACGAAUACAAAAAGCCGGCACAAGUUGAGGAACGGUCUGAAAAAGCAACGAGCGUUCGAGAAUCCGGUUGUAAUUGAGGACUUUUCUUCGGCAUUAUGGGCGACAUGGACGAAACAUUCGUAUCCGGACUCGUAUACGAUUACUUGAAGAAAAAGGACGCUUCGUUGGCGAAAGUUUUUCAGAAGAAGACAAAUGCGCCUGGUCUAUCGAGAGGAUGUCCAACAAUAUUUGAAGUAUUUAGGCAUUUUCAAAAGAAUUCCCCUAAGAAAGUCACUAUAAUUGGACCAAAUAAGAAGAGUAGUACAGAUUCAAGCUCAGAAAGCGAAGAAGAAACACCGAAAAAUGUUGCACGAGUCAAUGGCAAAGAAUCAAUAAUUAAAACAGUAUCGCUUAAAAAAGCAACAGCAUCUUCUUCAGAAGACACUUCCAGUAAAGAUGAAACGCCAGCUAAAAAAAUAUUAGACAAAGCAAAAGCAAAAAUAUCUUUUGUACAAGAAGAAGGAAGCUCGGAUGAAAGUUCCGAUGAGGAAGAAACAUCGAUAACGCAAGCAAAAACAAACAAAAAGCAAUCUACCUCUUUUGUAAAAGCAGAUUCAAAAGAGAUUCAACAUGACAAAAAUAGGCAAUCUAAAGGUAAACCAGUACAGCCAUCAACACCUGCUCUUAAAAAACAAAGUGUCAAGAAACAAGAAUCCUCUGAUUCAUCUAGUGAUUCAGCGGAAGAUGAAAAAUCAACUGUUAAACAAACAGCCAAGGUGCCAACAGCGCAACUGCAAAAACAGAAACCGACAUCGGUGUCGGUUACAAAACCAGAAUCGUCAUCGUCGAGUGAGGACAGCGAAGAGAAACCUGCGCCGAAAAAAACAGCUCUCAGUAAACUAGCGAAGCCAGCACUUGCUAAACAAGAAUCUUCAAGUGAUGAUAGUAGCAGCGAAGAAGAACAGCCUGUUAAGAAACCAACAUCAAUUGCUGCUAAAAAGAAAGAAUCUUCAUCGAGCGAAGAGAGCAGCGAGGAUGAAACUCAAUCCACACCAAAAGCAGCUAUUCCUCCAAAAGCGCAGCUGCAAAAGUCGGUUCUCACUCCUAAUAAAACAUCCACACCAAAAGCAGGUGUAACUCCAAAAACGCAGCCACAGAAUGAACCGAUAAUGCACAUAAGAAGGGUACCAAAAGAAUCAUCGAGUGAAGACAGUAGCGAUGAAGAAGAGUCUGCGCCAAAAAAACCGACUCUCAGUAAACAAGCAGCGCCAACAAAGCGAGCAGUUACCAAAGACGAAUCUUCGAGCGAAGAUAGUAGCGACGAAGAGCCACCUGCUAAGAAAUCAAUUGCAGCUGUUACAAAAAAGAAAUCUUCUUCAAGUGAAGAGAGCAGCGAAGAUAAGAUUCCCAUCAAGAAACCAGCUCUUAUUAAGCAGAAUACCAUUAACAAGGGUUCUAUAAAGAAAAAAGAAUCGUCAAGUGAAGAUUCGGAUGACGAUUCCGAUGAUGAUUCGGAAGAAAAGAAACCAGCAACAAAAAUAAUCCCGAAACAAUCAGCCGUUAACACCAAAACAGCGAAGAAGCAGGAAUCUUCCAGCGAAGAUUCAGAUGACUCAGAAGACGAAACGCCAACUGCAAAACCUACACCAGCAAAAGCUGCCAUCAAAAACAAGUCGUCAAGCGAUUCUGAUUCAGAUUCCAGCGAGGAGAAAGAAGAGGAAACAAAAGUUCAGAUGGCAGCCAAAACACAGAAAAGAAAACAUUCAAAUGAGGAUGAGGAAGAAACGCCUGCAAAAUUCGCAAAAAAUAAUUAUAACUUCGUGAAAGCUAACAGUAGUUUGAACGAAAGUAACAAGGACGAGAAAGAAGACGAUAAUAGUUUUAGGAGAUCUGAUUCGGAACGAGGUGGAUUCAGGGGUGGAUUUAGGGGAGGUAGAGGUGGUAGAGGUGGUUUCCGGGGAGGGCGCGAUGAGGGAGGUCGCGGUGGUUUUAGAGGCGGACGCGGCGGUUUUAGAGGAGAUCGUGGCGGUUUUAGAGGAGAACGUGGCGGUUUUAGAGGCGAUCGCGACGGUUUUAGAGGCGAUCGCGACGGGGGUGAUAAGGGUCGUUGGAGCAACAGUAGCGAUAAGGAUGGUGCUGGCGACAGGGGGGGCGGACGUUGGAACAACGGUAACGAUAAGGAUGGUGGUCGCGGCGGUUUUAGAGGAGGUCGUGGCGGUUUUAGAGGCGGCCGCGGCGGCGGUGGUUUUAGAGGCGGUUUCGAGGGUAGGAAGUCUUGGGGUGGAGACGAUAAACCGAGGAGAUCGUGGGGUGAUAACGGAGAUGGCGAUAGGGGAGGUUUUAAAGGCGACAAAGGCGGUUUCGAUAAGAAGAAAUCCUUUGAUAUCAAUACGCCUCCUCAGAAUAAAAAAAUCACUUUUGAUGAUUAACAAUAAAUACUAUAUACGAUUGUAUAUAAAGAAAGGUGCGCGCGGGUCAUGGGGAGAACGAGCUAAUGAAGUAUUGAAGUAUACAAAGGGCAAGGUAUUCCGGCAUGAAAAACAAAAGAAGAAACGCGGUAGUUAUCGCGGCGGGCGUAUAGA